AUGCUGGAUGAGUAUAUCUGCUUGAAGGAGCAGAAGGUGAUGUUGGAUCAAGAUCGGGUCGUUAUGGAGCAAGAGAAGAACCGGGUUCAGAUGCUGUUGCAAGGCAUGCAUAAUGUGAUGAUUGCUUACAAUGCCAGUGGAAACCUCCCUGCACCUGCUGCAAAAUCAGCGGUUGUAGCGGUUCCUCAACCAACUUUUAGUUACAAAUCUCAUCCAGGGAAUCCUACUUCUGUGCAAAACAAAUUGAACACACCAUUAUUGCCUCAAUCUAGCAAUUCAAAUGCCGAGGGUGGAAACAUAAUGAAAAGAGAUAAAUUGGAUCAAAAAUCUAAAGUUGGUGUUUUCUUGGGGUACAACAAUAACUCUAAAGGUUAUAGAAUUUAUAAUCCAACAUCUAAGAAGAUCCUUGUCAGUAGAAAUGUCAAGUUUGAUGAGCUAUCUAGAUGGAAUUGGGAGAAACCCAAAGCAGAAGCCUCAAGCAAAAGGCAACUUGAAGUUGACAAUAUACAAGAACAAAAUUUAGAAAGUGAAGAAGAAAAUUUGGAUGAUGAUGCUGAUUCUCCCGUUAGAGGCACAAGUGAUCUAGCUGAAAUUUACGAAAGGUGUAAUGUUGUUGCACUUGAACCAAAAGGAUAUACUGAAGCUGAUGAACUUGAAGAUACAUUUGCUCGUGUGGCAAGACAUGAUACAAUCAGAAUAUUAGUGGCAUUGGCAGCAAAAUUGGGUUGGAAGAUCUAUCAUUUUGAUGUGAAGUCAACCUUUUUAAAUGGUUUGCUUGAAGAAGACAUCUAUGUUGAUCAACCUGAAGGUUUUCAAGUUAAGGGAAGUGAAAAUAAAGUCUACAAACUCCAUAAAGCUCUUUAUGGCUUGAAACAAGCACCAAGGGCUUGGUAUACCAGAAUUGAUAAUUACCUUUUGCAAAAAGGCUUUGAUAGAAGUGAAAAUGAAGCCACUUUGUACGUAAAAAGGUCCAAGAAUGAAAUGCAGCUCAUCAUAUCAUUAUAUGUUGAUGAUAUGCUGGUCAUAGGGAGUGAUUCUACAAUUCAAGCAUGA